AUGCGCUACAAUGAUUGGGAUGUGAUCCUCUUUCCCCGAGACUCUCAUGUUCCGAUUCAGGAGUUCAAGACCGCUUGCUUUGUCUCGCAAGUGGAGUACGGGCGUCAACUGCCGACGUUGACCUGCUUCAUCACCUCGCUACCACCCUCGACACCAUUUCGUAUCUCACUUCAUUCAUGGCGUACGACCUUGAAAGCCUCAGCGCUCCUCGAGUCCCGACGCAAAGGCAAUCAAAAGAUAGUGUUCGCCGUCCAGGUCAUUGUGGGCGAGGCCAGACUCUUUCACGGCUUCUUUGACUUGAAUACGAAAUGGCCUCAAGAGAUUGCCUAUGAGAAGAGGUCGCUCACCUUCAAUGAUCUACCUUCGAGCCAGCGGAAACGGCCUCUCGAGUUCCCUCCCUUCAACAAUCUUACGCUCACAAAUAACAUUUGGGAUGCUCGUGACCCAUAUGGGCGCAUACGCGUCGUGCUUUCAGAACAACUGAUCAGCAAGACGCAAAGUCCUGGGAGUUUAGACUUUGGCACUGCCAAUGAGCUCGUUUGCUUCUCAUUUCAGCAUGCACCAAAAGAUAUCCUUCAGCAGACCGGAAUCUCAUGGCCGAUCUCGAACCCACUCUACCUUCCCGAUGCGUUUAACCGGGACAGCCAGUACCCUCAGGCAUCUCCAACAACUUCGUGGACCCCUGAUGCGCAUCCUUUUAUAGGAAACAUGCACAUGCAAACUCCACAAUUGCAUAAUGUACAACCCGUGUUCACUAGAUUGAAUGACGCCGAGCCCAAGAGACAAUCCAACGCGCACCUGCCACCUGUUCCACACUUUCCAACGCAUUUUGUUGCCCCUACUAGCCACACUCGUCGUGCAACUACAUGGAAUGAUGCAUUCAGUACGCUCAAUCACACUGGCGACACCGCCAGCAUAGACGACUGGUCAGAAAAGAGGAAGAUAUUCGCGUUGUCUGAUCACCCCAUGCCGAAUUACAUGUACGGCUCACAUACAUCGACCAAUGGUCUGCCAUGGAUGGGCAAUAUGUCUCAGCAUGUUCAGAGCGAAAGUACAGACUGGGAUGAUUACUCUAAACCCCCAAAAGAGAAGCAAUUUGUCGUUACGCUUCGGGAUGACCAGUUGGGCCAGAUAAUCGAUGCAAUAAGCCCACCAAAGCAUAAUCGUGAGAUUUCUCGGACACCUGGUGGACCGUUUCAUGAGCCAGCUAGUCAACAAGCCGCUCACACUUACUAUCCACCGAAAUUCGGGACUGCUCCGUCGACCAAACGUCCGUCCUCUGGGGUUCUGGCUCGCAAACUAUCGUAUCAAGAUUCCAGCAGUGUCUUACGAAACGUCUCGAACAAGCCGUCAUCGCACAAAUAUCACUCCCAAGACGAUGGAAAAGACAGAAUGUCUGCAAGGCCACGCCUGUCUAUGCCACAUAACAAGGAAGAUAUUGGGUCAUCGCAAUUGCGAUUUCCAACGCCGUUUCCCCAUGCCAACCGCGUUCCAACGCCGAACCCUUUUGCUCAGGGGCAACCAGCAACCAUUUCAGAAUUAUCAAUGAGAGAUUGGUCCUCAACUCAGGCAAGCGCGCAUCGUGUCAACCGAAGCGAUGCGCCACAGUCAGCCACCGAAAUCAGCAGACUCAGCUCAGCUCAGGGGCCAUCGAAUUUUAAUUCAAGGAGCAGAAACGAGGGCUUGAUGUUUGAUUCACCAAAGCUGUCAGACCAAGCGACCCGGCAAGAUGAGUGUUCGAUGCCGACAACCAGUUCGGAUUCUCAAGUGGAACAAAGCUUUGUUCAAAAGGUACAGGGUAAUUUCGCCCAAGAUGAUCAGAAAAGUAUACCUGGGCAAGUUGAAAUCAUCGACGUCGAUGCUGUUGAUCCCAGUUUAGAGAUGAAUGCGGCAGUGGUUACCAGCAAUCUCUCGCCGUUCAAACCUACCCACAAGUCUCGUAAUUCACAAUCAAGUACCGAUAGCACUGAUCGUCUAGAGAGACAGCUGUUUAGUGCUCUGGGGGAGGAGCUUGGUAGUUUCGAUCAUCAUCAUCAUCAUCAUUAUCAUCAGAUCGAUACCACGGACAUGGGACCUGAGCUUAUGCAUGCUCUAGGUGGUGCGAGGACGAAUACUGAGCUCAGCAGUUCUGCGAUGCUCGGCUUGGCGACGAGCAACUUUGAACCGGCAGUCAAACGGAAGAGACAAGGCACUCUGGGUAGAGGCAGUAACGGGAGUCCGAUGAGUAAGAAGGAGAAGGCUGAUGGGGCGGAAAGCAAGGAACAGAGGGAGAUAGUGGUCAGCAUGAGAGGAGGCUGA